CUUCUCGUCUUGUCUACCGCCAACAAACUUCACUUAGCUCUCGCAGCCUUGUGUGCCAGUCAGGUUCUUCAGCAGGAUAUUGGCGCUCUCAGGCCCCGCCUCCACCACGCUUCAUGAGCGGCACGCUACCAUGUCUGUCGACGUAUCGGCCCACCUAGACGUGGAGUUGGGAUGUGCUACUGCAAGUGCGUGCCGCCCAACUCAUUCUAAGCCCACACUUCGGAUAGCCGCUCCAGCAAGCAUUGGUGAUUCUGGACCAGUCCUCGGGCUUUAAGACUAUGACAAUCCCCCGGCCAGGAGUCUGGCCCCCUUCUUCCGCAUUCUCUUCUUUCCGUCUUCAGCCUUCCGUGCUGUGUCACUUCGCAGAUCUGCAUAGAGGCUUCGUUGAUCGAGGCAUCCUGUCGUUUUCACACACUUAAUACUGACGCCGGUCGUCGACCAAAUCUUACUAUAACGACUAAUACAUAGCCUUCUUGUUGCGUUGAGCCCCCGGGCAGGAGUCAGGUAUCGGGAAUAACUGACAGAUACGCAACAUGGCUGAUACACAAAACCGAUACUACCCCCUGGACUCUUCGCUGGCCCGGAAGCACAGGGGGAGACUUAAUCCUAUAAUUGAGGAGGAUAGCGAUGAUGGUAUGGUUCAAAAUGGAGGUCGCAGGACGAGACGCGCUGGCAAUGCCCAACUCAAGAUUGAGGCAUGGUUAACACCGAUGAGCGACCACUUCCCUACACCAAGAGGAAUGAACUAUCUUUCUGCUCCUAUUCUCCCAUCAUCACCUUCAACCGACUCGGCCGCCGACACUUCACCAACCACCUCCAGCAACCCCUGGAAUCGCCAUAGUGUCGCCACCGAGGCCACGGAGUUUGAGGAUCUCUACGAUGUGACUGAUGAUGAAGAGGAUAUGCUUAAGCGAAAAGCGUCUGCUAGGUCGAGGCAGGUCCCGACCAAGCAACCAACUCCGCUUGUCAUUCCAGCAACACGAGAUAACUCUGUUGAGACGUGGUCUGCUGUGGACAACAUGAAGAAGUCGAUGACUUCUCCAGUCCCUCUGACCCCUUCUGUCAAACUGACCAUGUCACCUGCUCAGAUGGAGUUCAUGCAUGAGCAACAUGCAGCAGAGACACCAACCAUGUCAGCUCCCCCAUCCUUGGAUGGGAGUUUGACUUCUGAGCAGCUCGCGGCUAUGAGCGCCCCGCCCACACCCAUAAUCGGUAAUGAGGAUUCAAACACCGAAGAUGCUUGGGCUGGCGUUCAACUACAACCCGGCGCUCUUGCUACCCUCCACGCCCUUGCUAGUGGCGAGGAGAACCUUCAUGAACAGCCAUCCCAAGUUCUUGAGGUACCUGAACAACAUUCUGUCCAACCAACUGUUGAGAUGCGACAACAACCACUGCGACUCAUCACCAGCUUCCAGUCGCAGCCAGCUAUCAACAGGGCCUUCUCUCCCAACCCUAACCGUCAGUCUCUUGCAGACUUGACAAAGCUUGAUAUUCCAUCUCCAGGUGGCUUCUUCUCCGGUCUAUCUCCCCGAAGCCGAAACACAUGGCACAUGCCCUCCAAGUCCCCCGAGGACAUGCCGCCACCUACGUCCACCACCGCUGAACAGUUCUACCGAUGUCCCUGGAACAUGGAUGCUUCGGUUCCCCCUGUCCCUAAGCGUAAGGAACUCGUCGAGGACUUUUAUCGUAGUGUUAGGUUUACACCCGCCCCCACUGGGCCCAUCGUUGAGCAAGUCGUUGAGCUCAAGGAGGAGGAUGACUUCUCGGACGACAUGCCCACUGCUCGACCCGUUUUUGAGCACAAGACUGCUCCCUCUACUGUCGAGUCCGCCAAUGCCCCAGCUUCACCUCAGGCUGAGGAUGCUCCCACCGAGAUUGUGAUCGACUACGAUCCUGAGUAUGCUCGCAAGCAACAAAAGGAGGCUCUCUCCCAUUUUGAUCGCACUGAGCUUUGGCUCAUGGCCCAACGAUCUUACCUUCGUGGUGUACAAGAUGAGUCAACCGAGGACGAUGGUGGGCUCAACACUAUCACUGAGGAGGCUGAGGAGGAAAUUGAAGCUCCUCAAAUUCAAACUGAACUUCCUCCUCUCAAGGUUCAGCCCGAAACUUCCAUUGUUCCUGUCAAGAAGAGCGUUCGUUUCUCUAACCUUGUCUCAACUUCUGAUCACCCCAAGCGUCUGCCUUCCAUGCUCGUCCGCCGCGAAUCUGCCUACUAUCGGGCAUUCCAAGACUAUAUCAUCCGCAUCCAGCGCCAGGAUGUGUUUGUCCACCAGCUUGCUCGAUUUGAGGCUAUCCAGGCUCAGCGCGUUUCCCUUAAGGAGUCUCACCGCAACCAGCUUCUCGGCAAGUACCAGCUCAGCGUCGUUCCCCAGUCCGCCAAGAAGAGACUCAGCGCCAAUGUUGCUCGUGGCGAUGAUAACAUCAUUGACGACCCUGAGAAGCUCCGCCGAGAGAAGGAAGUUGAGGCCAUGAACCAGAUGACCGUUGCUGCGUGGCAUGUUGCCGCCAUGAAGAUGCUUAACGGCGGUCGCCUCAUCUCUGCUCCAGUGACCAAACGAUUUGCUCGUCUUUCUCGCGCAGCCCCUGGACAUGGCGGCACUACUCGUGAGCGUGCUAGAGUCCUUGACUUGGGCGGGCAGACUACCUGCGACUGGGCGUGGCACUGCGCGCUCCAGUUCCCUAACACUAAGGUCUACACUGUCACCACCAAGUCCAUUCGUCAACUUUCCAACUGCAAUGUCCGUGGUCCCCCCAACCAUCGACAAGUUGCUGUUGAGAAGUUUUCUCGCCUCCCUUUCUCAGACAACCAAUUCGAUCUCAUUUCUGCCCGGGAGCUUCACAGCAUCCUCAAGCUUUUUGGUGAGAACGGGGAAGACGAGUGGGACACCUGUCUCAAGGAGUGCAUGCGCGUUCUCAAGCCUGGUGGCUAUCUUGACUUCUCACUCUUGGAUUCAGACAUCAUCAACGCUGGUCCCGUUGGACUGGCAAAGAGCGUUGAGUUCGGCUUUGCCCUCAAGACUCUUGGUUACGACCCUAACCCUACCAAGCUUUGGCUUGGUCGCCUGGCCCGUGCCGGCUUCCAAGACACUCGCCGCAUCUGGAUGUGUCUACCCAUGGGUGCCAGGCGAAACAUGUUCAAGCCUCCUACCCCUCCUUUGAAGGAUAGCCCUAAUGGCCAGGAUGUCAAGACCUGCCAGAUGGACGCCAUGGUUAUGGGAAGCAGUGAUGAUAUUGCUAGCGCUUGCAGCAUUGCUGGCGGCUGGAACUGGGAGCGAUGGCUCCUUCGCUGUGAGAUGGAGAAGGUUGCUGGUGAGCUCCGACUCGCCGAUACUACUACUACUGGAACUGCCAUGGAGGAGGCUGGCAAGUGUCUGGAUGGCGUUGCUGCCGUGUUCGAGGAGGGCCGAAACUGCAAAUCCGGCUUCCGAAUGCUCAGCGGUUAUGCUCAGAAGCCCAAGGCUGGUACUGAGACCAUCAAGAUUGCUCUCUGUGAGUGAUCUGUUAAAUAUUGAAGAUUCUCCUUUGUCAACUCGCACUCGCUCGACACUUUUCAUACAUAGAUGAAGAUUUAUUUUUUGGGAUUGGAUAUAGGAAGGGACACAAUAACUAAGUAUGAGAGACGAUGUUUGGAUGCGUGAUGAUUUCACGCGUAAUGGCGGGUGGUUAGGUUAGUUUGCAUGUGCUUGGCGAAUGGGGUUUGGAUAUAUCAUGCUAUGUGCUUACAGAUACCAUUGUAAAUAGUACAGAACAUGGUGUUCGGAUCCUACUUGACGGAAUAAAGGUUUUCUUUUGUAUGAAGAUUAUUUGAACAGGAAUAAAAAUAUCGAUAGGACUAAACACAAGUUAAUUAUACAGCUCGAAACUAAAAACGCAGUGUUACUCAUUAAGUUAGGUCAACAUUGAAAGUGUAUGAGAUUGGUUUUACGAGAUAACGAUAUAUUAGCCUUGGUCAAGAAGAGAUCUCUUGGUCUAACUGCUGGGUAGUUUAUAUAACAAAAUAAAAACGAAGCAUAAGCCAUUGUAUCCUAAACUUGUGUUAAAUCUAAGAAAUA